CGAGCUCUUGUGCCACAUCUUCCACUAAAUGAUAAAGCAACGGGAAACUGGAGGCAAGCUUGAAAAAUACCACAAUAUCUAAUUAUUCCGGUCAGACUUUGUGUGUUUUACUUUCUCAGACAGUGUCAGACAGUUGUUAAACUCACUCGGGCAUCUUAAAUUUUUUUUUUAACAGAGUUGUAUCAAUAGGAGGAGGUGUUAGGUUAGACUGCUGUAAGUUAACGGUUUUAAGUUUAAGGCUGCUGAACCUGAAGUGGACUCUUCAACCUACAAAACAAAAAACAAAACCAAAACAAAACAGCCAUCCCUCCAGGAGCAGAGAAAGGCGAGCUGCCAGCGACAUUGGGACUGAAAGCACAGGUAGUGGACUGGAGAAGUGAAGAGGAGAAAGUAGAAACACACAGCCCAGCGAUCUGCCUGCCUAAGAGCGCCGUGUCAUGGGGAAACAAAACAGCAAACUGCGGCCCGAGGUGCUGAACGACCUGAGGGAAAACACAGAGUUCACCGACCACGAGCUGCAGGAGUGGUAUCGCGGCUUCCUCAAGGACUGUCCCACCGGCCACCUGACUGUGGAGGAGUUCAAGAAGAUCUACGCCAACUUCUUCCCCUACGGAGACGCCUCGAAGUUCGCCGAGCACGUCUUCCGCACGUUUGACACCAACGGCGAUGCCACCAUCGACUUCAGGGAGUUCAUCAUUGCCCUGAGCGUGACGUCUCGUGGCGGGCUGGAGCAGAAGCUGCGCUGGGCUUUCAGCAUGUACGACCUGGACGGCAACGGAUACAUCAGCCGGGCAGAGAUGCUGGAGAUAGUUCAGGCGAUUUACAAGAUGGUGUCAUCAGUGAUGAAGAUGCCUGAGGAUGAAUCAACACCAGAGAAAAGGACAGAUAAGAUUUUCAGACAGAUGGACAUCGACAAUGAUGGUAGACUGUCUUUGGAGGAGUUCAUUAAAGGUGCCAAGAGCGACCCAUCCAUUGUCAGACUGCUGCAGUCGGAUCAGGGAGCCUCUCGUCAGUUCUGAGGAGAGAGACAAUAACAGACACACGCUCUCUCGAAAAACACAAUCACAAACCCACACAUCCAUCCAGCUUCAUGCUGCUCCGCAGUCGUCACACCUCCCCUCGACAGACAAUCCUUUCAUUUUAACCACGCUCCAUGUCUUAAAUGUUUACAUUAAUGGAUACUUCUCUUUUGUCAAUGUGGCUCCAUUUCUGUGGACUAUGACGUGCUUUCAGUUGAGGUAUUCUGUGUUUAUGCUUUCCCAAAGCUCUCCUGCCUUGAAAUGGUUUUUAUCCGUACUCCACAAGUGAAGUGCCAUAUCAUAUAUUUAUACUGACUGGAUUAUGCGCUUGCAAGUAUUAUGACUCCCGUUAUGUUACACUAAGAGGAAACUAAUUACAUCACUUGGUAUAAUUUGAUUGGACUUAACUGUGUUGAAAAGUGGCUUGUCGUUGUUCAGGAUGUAGCUUAACAGGUUGCUGCUCUGGACGAGUUCUGUAUGCCUUUGGUUAUUGCAUGCGCUCAGUGAUAUGAGUUUUCUGAUGUUGUAACAGUUUAUGUGAAUAAUGAGGCCGUGAUUGUUUUUAUUCCUUUUUAUUUUUGUAACAAAAAUGUCAUUUUGUUUUCACACAAUUGAAAUAAAGUCGUGUAAGAAAAAUCUACACAAGAAGUCCCGCAGUAUUCCCCUUGUCCUGGACAGACAUGAUGCAAACCCACCGAGAUUCACACUUACUGAUUUAAAAAAAAA